GCGGGCACCCUCGCUGCUUUGCCCCCUGAGACAAUCCGGGCCUGUCUGUCUGGGGGACCGGCUGCGAUCGAGCCCCGUCCCCAGGGGGCGCUCGCCGGCCGUUCGGAGGCUGCGGGCGGAGCAACACCGGCCCGGGCCCCUUGGUUCUGCCGGAGCGUUGCAGGCCGGGCCCUGUUCUUGGCCGUUCUUUGCCCUGGCGCCGCCGUUGCCAUGGUCACGCUCCGGCAGCCCGGCCUGGCUCCCGCGCUCUGGUUCUAGCAGGAGGGAGCCGGUCACCCCGCCAGCGACAUGAACAGGUAGCGGGUCCGCUGCUGCUUCCCCGGCGCCUUUCCGUGACGGGGGCGUGCGGCCCCUGCUUCUAAACACCCUGCUUUUGUCUCCAGGUGUGAGGUGGGCUCGGGCCCCGGGACUCCCAGGAACACAACCCCCAAGGUCUCUGGAAUGCUGGAUGUGGUUGGACCAGAUGGUAUUUGUUAUAGAUGGAUUUAUUCUAGAAGCCUGCUUGACAAUGUCAAGGCAGGACUGUUUAGAAAGAACAGAUGCCAUAAAGGACCAAAAGAAUGGACAAAAUGGCAGAUUACAUGUGUUUGGUCCAAAAAGCAGCAUGGAUGUGGACCAGAAUCUACAAAGAAAGUUUAUACUCCAACAAAACAAAUCUCAUUAUGUGCAGCUAAAUCAACUUUUGAAAAAUGACGAUAAAGAAAAAAAUUCCAGAAAUGUAGGAAAGCCAGUGAAUAAUGAACUCAGCACUGAAUUUCAGACAAACAGUAUUGAGGACCAUAAUAUUGAUGAGCAGCUAUCAGAAACUACAGAUGACGAUGAAAGCAGCAGUGAAAAUAGUGAAAAUGAAGAUAGAAAAAGAAAUGCACCAAUAGAGCUACUGGGAGAGUUCCUGAAAGCAAUUAUGGAUCAAGACUACAAUCUCUCAAAAAAACUUUGUCAGAUGAUUCUAAUCUAUGAACCAGAAAAUACUGAGGCUAAGCAGUUUCUUCCACUUCUUGAAGAAAAGUUGCUGAUAGAAAGUACACAGAAUUUUGGUAAUGAAGAGGGUGAAGAAACGGAUGAAGGAAGCAGUGAGGACAGUGAAGAGGAUACUAGCAGUUCAGAUAGCAGUGAUGAUGAAGGAGAAGAAAGUUCUGAUGAUUCUGAUGAAAAUGUAUAGCAGUUUGGUAAUUCUUCUAUACUCCCUAUAGCUUGAUUAUUUUGAUUCUUCUGUACAGUCACUUUUUAAACACCAUAUUAAAAUGCACUGUUUAAUCAUUAUAACUUUUCACCCUCUUAAACUGCUGCAUUCUUUUGCAUUUAGAUUGCCUCUCCACUCACACUUAGGCCAGCAUACCAGUGGUUCUCUACCAAGAGUACAUGUACCCCUGGGAGUACACAGAGGUCUUCUAGGGGGUACAUCAACUCAUCUAGACACUUGCCUAGUUUUACAACAGGCUACAUAAAAAGCACUAGCAAAGUCAAUGCAAAGUAAAAUUUCAUAAAGACAAAAUGAGAGAGCAAGUAAUUUUGCAGUAAUAGUGUGCUGUGACACUUUUGUAUUUUUAUGUGAUUAUGUAAGCAAAUAGUUUUUUAAAUGAGGUAAAACAAGUGAGGGUAAGCAAGACAAAUCCGACUCCUGAAAGGGGUACAGUAGUCUGGAAAAGUUGAGAACCACUGCAUCAGCCUAACCUUGUUCCAUAGCACAUUUGAUGGUAUAGACAGAAUUGAUCUCCUUAGACGUAACUCCUAAAAAAUGUUCCUGUUGGAGCAAUAAGGUAGAUGAAAAGCUAGGGUACCUGUCAUCAGUUGAGCAAAGACAUGAAUUUUUAUUGAGGAAUUUGGUGCUUUUAAAAUUCAUUGACACCAGUUCAGCCGGGGAAUAAAAUCUUCCUAAAUGAUUGUGCAGAGCAAAUGAUUUCACACAAUGCUGGUAAGACUCUGAAUGGAGUAAAAAGCCUCUUUAAAAUGUAAAGAUAAAUAUACAGCUUCUUGGAAGAAAUCAAACAAACAGGUUUUCAAACAAAUAUUUUGUGUUACAAAAUGUUGUCAUUAAACCAUAUCUUUGGAAAUACCUGCUAAAAUUCUGUUCAUGAAACCUGUCUCCUCCCACCUCACUCCCCCACAGUUUAACUUAGAUAAUUACAGUAACCCUGACAUAAGGGGGGUACAACUUCAGUGGAAGUUUCUUGGCCAGAUUUAGAGACAAAACUUACAUUACUGUUUAAGAUUUGUCAGGUAUAAAGUUAGCCAGAAAAUGUAUGUAAGUAAUAAAGCAGAAUAACUUGUACCAAUUUGGCAUUCAGCGGGUGUGCAAAGUGAGGAUAACAAACAUAUUCAGGUGGCAUGGAAUGCAGCAGGAAAAGCAGACAGCAUGUGUGAAAAAAUGUAUUCAAGACUUGGGACUGAACACUAUUAUGUUUUCUGUAGUCUAAUCAUGAAAAACAUUAAUAUUUUUAAUACAGUAUUCUGGUGUGCAGAAGACAUGUCACAGUAAACAUGUAACCAUCUUUUGUUUCAUGCACCAGUAUACUUAAGUAUAGUGUUGCUUUUUCGCUCUUAACAUUUCAGGACCCCUUGUUAAUGUCAAUAGCUAUAUGACACCGUAGUUCUUGUUGUAGUGCUUAAUUGUUACUUGCUUUCUCUUCAGUGUAACAAAUGUGUUGGUUAAUGAAGUCAUUAAAUAUAACAGAAUACA